CACAAUCCCUCACACAAAGCAUCACUUCUCGUCACGUGAUGAUUGUGGUUCUUUUAGGUUUCCCGACUGGCUGUGGUGCGCUAUUGUGAGAACAGCGUGAGAAAUAAUCAUAAGGACGAUGAAUCCUACAAUGAGCCAAGAGCCACCAUCAGCUGUUUCAUCUGGGCAAUUUUUGCACUGCUCCGUCUUGUCAAGGAAUAUGGGCUGUAGCCACAGCAUAAUCCCAAGAUGGGAACGCGAUGUGGCAUGCACAAUUCCACGGAUGAAGCCCAGACACAGAUUGGUGAACUUCAGUGGUAUACAAGGGUCUCGGUGCCGGUCAGUAUCCUUUGCUUUCAAGCGACAUCUGGAAAGUCAAGAUCAGGAACCCAGUUCCAAACAUUUUCUGUCAGAAGAGAAGAUGGCUGCCCGUUUUAACUCCCUUAGCCUGGACAACGAUCACAUCUACAGUUCUAAUGGCUUCCCUGUUCUCAGUGAAAACCCCAGGUGGCAGCAGGCGUACACACAGCUGAAAGAGCUACAGCAGAGGCUGUCUCCAGAUAGAGCAAGCGAAGACACCAGCCCUGCAGAAGACGACGAGCUGACCACGGUCAUCGUAGAUGGUGAAUUCAUUAUGGGAGAUUGCCCCUCACUGGCGCCGCCAUCCUUAACAUUAGGAGGACUUGAAGGAAGCAGCGAUGCCCCCGGAGGAAUGUUUCUUUCUCUGAAUCCUUGUACAGAAGUUGUCCUGUGGAGCCCGCACAGUAACUCAUUCUUGCAUACCAUCAGGACACUGAUAGCUGCCCCAUCUUCCCCACCUGUCCAGCCCCAUCUAGCAGUGGUGGCGAGACAAGAGGAAAUGGAAAUAUGAGUCAUCCCCCAACCCCCAUUUUACUUCCCUUUGAAGUCAAAUCCAGUUCUCCGUCUUGGCCUGCCUUUCAGCAAAAAGCACCUUCAUCCAGCCAAUGCAAACAUUUUACUACAAAUAUUUUACACCACCAUGGGGACGUUCGUUUUCAACCAGCUGCAAUAAUCUGAUCCUGUCUCUUCCAUCCACGUACAUCUGCAACUCUGUCCAAUAUAUAUCUAUUACUGUAUUUUCUCAUUUGAUAAGCAAUCAGCAAAUACUUCC